AUGAGCGACUCGGACAUGCGCCGCGAGCCCUCGCCCGCCGCGAGGGCCGUCGUCGCCGCCAAGGCGGCCGCGAGACCCCAGCUCAACGCCGGCUCGGGCAAUCCCAACAUGAACGGCCCGCUGUACAUGCAGACGUCCAACAGCAACGUCGUGCUCGUCCGGAGGCUGCGGCGCAAGGACGACGGCACCUGGAAGCAUCUCUGCCGCUGGUUUGUCGAGAACCAGAUUGGUAACCGCGCCCCCUCCCCCGCCCCGACCCGUCUCGACGGCGAGCGCGCCCUGCCCCGCCUCUCCUCCAACCUCCUGGCCCUGCUCUUCCUCGCCCACACAUUCAUCCCCAAGGCGAGGCCGCAUACCUACAAGUUCUUCCACCUCGCCUACCGCAACGACGAGACGGGACGGUACGCCAUCGGCUUCGACGACACGUACCUCGUCGCCUUCUGCAUCGUCCUCUUCACCGGCCUGCGGGCCGGAACCAUGGAAUACGUCCUGGCGCCCUUUGCGAGGCUCCAGGGCGUCACGAAGCGCAAGACGCUCACGCGCUUCAGCGAGCAGGCCUGGCUCUUCGUCUACUACAGCGUCUUCUGGACCCUCGGCAUGUACAUCUACGCCACGUCGCGCUACUUUCUCAACCUGCGCGAGCUGUGGACCGCCUGGCCCAACCGGGAGAUGGACGGCCUCGCCAAGGGCUACAUUCUGGCCCAGUGGGCUUUUUGGCUGCAGCAGAUCAUCGUUAUCAACAUCGAGGAGCGGCGAAAGGACCACUGGCAAAUGUUUAGCCAUCACAUCAUCACCACGGCGCUCAUCUCGUCGUGCUACUGCUACCACCUCACGCCCGUCGGCAACUUAAUCCUCGUUAUUAUGGAUGUGGUGGACCUGUUCUUCCCCGUGGCCAAGUGCCUCAAGUACACGGGGCACAACAAGCUGUGCGACGUCGCCUUUGGCGUCUUCAUGGUCUCGUGGUUCGUCGCGCGCCACGUCUUCUACAUGAUGGUCUGCUGGUCCAUCUACAACGACACCGAAGUCGUCAUGCCCGUCGGUUGCUUCGUCGGGUCCACGUCGAGCAUGGUCGGCCCGUCGUCCCCUCCGCCGGGGCUCUGGUACCUCGUCGAGCCGUUCCUGAGCUCGACGGGUCGCGUCUGCUACAACGGCGUCGUCAAGUGGUCGUUCCUGACGCCGCUCCUGCUGCUCCAGCUCAUCACCAUCGUCUGGUUCACCAUGAUCGUCCGCGUCGCCGUCAAGGUCAUACGCGGCGACGGCGCCGAGGACACGCGGAGCGACGACGAGGCGGCCGAGGAGGAGGAGGACGACGACGAGUUCGUCUACGAGGAGGCGCAGCCGCUCGAGGAGGAGGUCGGCGUCGAGGCGCUGGACCUCAAGAGCUGGGAGCGGAGGUCCGGCGUCAAGCGCCAGGGCAGCAGCUCGGGCGUGAGCCUGCCGGGCCACAGCGAUCGAAAGGAGCUGCUCGGCCGCAUCGGGUGCGAGAAGCAGGUGGACUAG